GCCCUACCCCUAACCCUGAUCUGCACGUGAAACAAAUUAACCGACACCGCAUAAGCAAGUCCGAAACCCCUGUCACAGCUCGUCUUGGCACACCUCACCACCAAAACAUCAACAACAAAACCCGCUAAUUCCUACCGUGUCCGGACCUCUCUGUUCCAUCUUUUUCGUCCAAACAACCUCUAUCGCCCUCCUCCCGAGGGCAUCAUCAACACCAUCCUUCUGAUCACCAAUCCCUAUGAUCAUAAACCCAUGAACAAAACCAAACAAUGGCCCCCCACGUAACCCCCACCACCAAACUCCAAAUAAUCGGCGCCUUCAAACUCCUCCGCUUCCUGCGCAGUCGGCACCAGUUUCCCCCCGGCACCAUCUCCAACAACGACAUCUUCCGCCUCUUCUCCGUCUCGCGAACAACAGGCUACCGCGUGCUCUCGGAAAUCUCCGUCUCCGCCGACCUGACCGCCAGCGAACGCGCCGCCCUCGACGCCGAAACCGCCGCCGCCCUCGAGGAAGAGGAAAACGCCCGCAUAGCGGAGAUCAUCAAUAACCCGCGCGAGGAGACCCGCGGCAGGAAGAGGAAGUUGACGGAGAGGGAUGUGGAGGUUAUUGAGGCGUGGUUGGAUAGGAAUGGGGGGAGGGGGGAGGUCAAGUGGAAGGAUGUUCCCGUGGCGGCGGGGUUGGGGGUGAUUCCGGGGAAGGAUGGGAGGGGGGUGGUCAGUGGGGUUACGGUUAAGAGGGCUUUGGGAGCGUGGAGGGAGAGGAAUAAGGAGGUUGAUGUGGAGGAUUGGACGAGGGCGAGGGGGGCUGGGGGGUUGAGGGGGAGUGAGAAGGCGAGGGAGAGGUGGGGGCGGCCGAAGGGGGGUGAAGUGGAAAGUAGUGGAGAUAAUGAUGGGGAAGCGGAAGCGGAGGCGUCGGGGACGGGAGCGGGAGCGGGAGCUGGGGCUGGGGCUGGGGCUGGGGCUGGGGCUGGGAAUGGCCAGAGUGCGGGAGAGAGGGAAGGGUCGUCUGGCUCAGAAGAGUCGGAGAGUGAGGGUGAAAGUGUCGUGGAGACUGGGGCUGGGCCUUCACAAGCAGAGCCGGCAGCUGAAACGGCAACGGCGAGUGGAAGCGGAAGUGCUGCUAUGGCGCCGGGAAUGGCAACGGGGAACGGUAAUGGAGCUUCAAAUGCGGGCGAAAGUCAGGGUCAGGAGCAGCAGCAAAACACCAAGAAGAGACGAACUCAAACCGAACCACAAGGCCCCGAUCCCAAGUACCUAUGGAAGAAUCGAUGGGAAAUUGAAAGGGCCGCAAGGGACGCUCAAGCUCGACGUCAGGCUGAGGCUAUGGCUGAGGCUAGGGCCCGGGUUAAAGCUCAAGCUGCGAAGGAACGAUAUCGUCUACAACGUCAGAGAAAACGUCAGCAGCAGAAACUAGAGAGGCAACAGAAGCAGCAGCAGCAACAGCAACAGCAACAGCAACAGAGCUAUACGGCUGGACAACAGCAGCCCGUCCAACAGCAACCCGUCCAACAGGAACAACUACCUCAGCCACAACAACCACCACCACAACAACAGCAACAGCAACAGCAACAGAGACCAUACACAUCAAUGAGUUUCAUCCCUCUCCCAACCUACGGGCAGCAAAACGGAGUCGCAAGUGGUAGCGGAAGCGGAAGCGGAAGUGGUCCCUCAAGUGCAAACCAGAGCUUCAACGGGGCUGCGGUCGGGAGCUCCUGGAAUGUGAACCCCAACCCCAGUAUCGACAACGGAAGCGUUGUGAACGUACAGAGAACUGGUGGCGGUGGCGGUGGAGAGGCGGAGGAUAUCAUGAUGCUUGGGAGAAUUUCUGGGGUUUUGAGGUAGAGGGAGAGGUCAGACGAUGAUGCGUGAGACAUAGAACUUGGGAGGCCCAGGCCAAGGCCAGGGUUAGGGGUAACGAUAUGAUUUGAGAUAGGAGUGAGUAUGGUGGAUGCGGUGGCCGGUGUCGAUGUUUUUGAAGACAUUAUGGAGACGAAGAGGGCAUACAAUCAGUGCUUUGGAGAAGGUAUGGAUGCGAAGAUGAAGACAUAUGACAUUACCCAUGCUUCUACACUCAGAACUAGGUGAUUGGAA